AUGGUUGAGGCAGACCUACUGAGACAGACCUACAGCCCCAGGCCAGCCCAGAACCGGCCCAGGACACUACAGACCCAGAACCGGCCCAGUCCACAACAGACCCAGGCCAGCCCAGAACCGGCCCUGUCUACUACAGACUCAGAACCGGCCCAGUCUACUACAGACCCAGAACCGGCCCAGCCCACUACAGCCCCAGGCCAGCCCAGAACCGGCCCUGUCUACUACAGACUCAGAACCGGCCCAGUCUACUACAGCCCCAGGCCAGCCCAGAACCGGCCCAGUCUACUACAGCCCCAGGCCAGCCCAGAACCGGCCCAGUCCACUACAGACUCAGAACCGGCCCAGUCUACUACAGACCCAGAACCGGCCCAGUCCACUACAGACUCAGAACCAGCCCAGGCCAGCGGACAGGACAGAGAGGAAGGUGAUGAGGAGGAGGAAGCUUUCUCAAGCCCCGCCCCUUGCUCGUCAGAUCUGACCAAUCAGCUGCUUCGGUUCGCUGACACCAUCAGCCGGGACGUCAUGCGGUAUUUUGGCUGUCGCCACGACGACCCUGACGCCUGUGACAUCUACAGCGACAAUGACCGCGUCUCCACGGCAACAAGCGGACGACGGCGUUACUACGAUGACCUGGUUAGGACGGCAACGGGAAGCUCCGAGUCUGUGUCUAGGGCCGACAGUCGCCAAGGACCGUGUGUUUCUGUUGCCGGGGGCGACGGAAGUCUGGGUCCGUUGGCCGAGUUGUUUGACUGUCGGAUCGGGCCGAGCCAGGGACCAUGUCGUCCAAUGAACAUGAGACACCUCCCUCUCAGCUUCUGGAACGAGCCAAUCCCCUGCCUCGCUGUGGGCACGCUCAUUAGCGCUGACAAUACACGCACGCGCCACAAUACGCACUCGCUUGACAACACGCACUCACACGACAACACACACACACACCCGGACUUCAGUGACCUGCUUGCUUACUGGGACCCCAAUCCUGACCUGACGCUCACCGACCUC